GCCGCGCCGCCCGCCCGCCCUCCCUCCUUCUUCCUUCCUUCGCUGCUUUGCUCCCCCACAGCGCGGCGGGUCCCGGCGUGAGGCAGUGCGGAGCGCUCCGGUCGCUGCGCAGGGACCCCUCAGAGACAUGGAUGUUGGGGAAGUAUAAGGAUGAUGGUCCGAAGAGAUUUCCUGGCCCUUGCUGAAGCUCUUCUUAGGGAAAUGGUUGAUUGCCGAUGUGAGAGUCUUCCCACACGAGGUGGCUGUUCUGGUAGGAGGGGAGCUCUUGAGGGGACAUCCCUGAUAGCUCUCUAGCCUGCCAAAUUAAGCUGUCUGCUUUCUUGAACCCAACAGAGGACAAGAGCCAGCAAGAAAAGAGUGGGGAUAAAAAGCCUCUGUGGGAACCGAAGAUUUGCACUGGUGCCCUGAGUUGUUUUGGUGGUGAAAGGAACUUGCUAAGCCAGAAGGAUGCGUGAGUAUACUGAAAAGAAGGAAACAUGCGGGACCAUCUGUCUCAAGUACCUGCUUUUCAUCUUCAACUUCUUUUUCUGGCUGGCUGGCGGGGCUGUGAUGGCAGUGGGCAUCUGGACCCUCGCUGAGAAGAGUGACUACAUCAGCCUGCUCUCCUCCAGCACGUAUUCGGCAACUGCCUAUAUUUUGGUCGUAGCAGGUGUAGUUGUCAUGGUUACUGGCAUCCUUGGUUGCUGUGCCACCUUCAAAGAGCGUCGGAAUUUGCUCAGGGUGUACUUCAUAUUGCUGCUGUGCAUCUUCCUCCUUGAGAUCAUUGCUGGAAUCCUGGCCUAUAUCUAUUACCAGCAGCUAAGCAUGGAGCUGAAGCAAAACUUGAAGAACACAAUGACCCAGAAGUACCGGAAAGAGGGAGAAGAGGGUGUUACCAAUGCCGUAGACAAACUGCAGCAGAAGUUCAAGUGCUGCGGGAGCAACAACUACACAGACUGGGCUGACAGCCUGUGGAUCAAAUCUCCAGAGGCCAAUGGACGGAAGGUCCCAGACAGCUGCUGUAAGACCAUAACCGACCUGUGUGGCCGAAGAGACCAUCCUUCCAACAUCUACAAGGAGAAUGGCUGCAUUACCAAGCUGGAAAACUUCAUUCAAGAGCAUCUGAAAAUUAUCGGGGCAGUGGGGAUCAGCAUUGCUUGUGUGCAGAUCUUUGGAAUGAUUUUCACCUGCUGCUUGUACAAGAGUUUAAAGUCGGAACCAUAUUAAGAGCUGCAGGAACUCUGUCAGCUCCCCCUCUGCCACCUCCCUUAGCGCCUGCCAACCUCACCGCCCUCCGCCACCAGCACAGAAGUGUCAGUAACCUGAGGACUUGGCUCUGUAAUGAAAUGCCUCUGGGACCAUGCACUGCCUCACCUGCCCCUUUUGGGGAAAGUCACCCUCCUUGUCGUGCACAAGGCAGGCAGGGGUUCAGUGGGUUCUCUUCAUUGUCGAAAAGCAACUGAGCUGUAGGUCUUCUGCUAGAAGCCUUAGCAAAACAGUCCGUUGAUACAACCAAAGCAAGAUUAUCAAGGCCGUUUCUCUUGAGGCUCUUCCUGAGCCAAAGUGAAGAUAUCAAGAUACUAUACAAGAACCUUAGUUUGCUCUCUGAUAAGUGGCUCGACAGCACCAUGCAUUGACUGUGAGGACAGAUGAUGUUUCUGCACCAAGCUGGAGCCAGGGCUGAGUCUCUCAUAUGAAGAUUUGUCUCUCUCCCCUAAGUGCACACUGAUGUCUUAACACAGCUUUUUUCCAUCUGAGAGGAUGUCUGCUUGGUUGCUUGGGGCAGAAACCGCUCUCCCUUCUAAUUGGGCACGUAACUUGGUGCAACUGAAAUCCUGUCAUGACUCCAUUGCCAAGAUGUGGCUGCCUUAGGAUUGAUCAGCAAUCCUUCCUCUUCUCAAAGCUUUUACCCAACAGUGCCAUUAGGAGCAACAAGAGGCCUUUUGUCUCUAGUGAUUCUACAGCAAAGACACUGAACUCUGUUCUAAUUCUUUUUGAUCUAGUUUGUUGUAUUUAGUGGCUUCCAGUGUGAAUGAGAAAAAUUUUAAUUUUUUUCCUGCCUACUCUCUGCUGAGAUUUGGUGAAGAACUGGUCUGUCUGUGGAGCAGGCUUUUCUUGCUACUCUGUGGCGUAUUCAGUUAGUGGGAAUGUCUUCUCAUGUCUCUUACACACUGAGAGAUGCCCUGGGCCUGAUGGUGUAAUUACAGUCUCCAAACUUGUCUUCCUUGGGCGGGAAAGGAAUAGGUACAAAUGUUGUAUCAGCCUCCAAAGAGUUUGUUAAUCAGCUGAGAACUUUCUGGCUUUAAGGAGACCUGGAAGCCCACUUUCCUGACCCUCUCAGCAGUAACCAGUAUAAUCAGCUUCCCCCCAUUGCCCCAGUGUAUUUGGUAAAUUGGGAGAGCUGGGAUAUGAAUUAACUGUCUGGUUGCUGCGGAGGAAUAGGUUUAAUUAAAUAUUAUCUCUUCAUUGGGAUCCGGGAUAUGUACCGGACAUAGACAUAACUGCUUCUUUUUCAGGGGCUAUGGAUCAUGAUGCCAAUAGGAUCUUAACCUGAAUUCACGGGAACUUCUGUGCCACUCCCAUCCUGGGGAUUUGGGUUGUUUUUUUCCUAAUUGUCCCGGAAAGGGUGUAGAGUUCUCUUCAGUAAGUCUGCCCAGUAAAGCUAGGGUCUUGUUUUCACCUGCCUGAUAUGCCUGUUACACCUAUGAAGAAGAACGGGCUGUGGAGCUUUGGGGUUUCUUCUUUAAGCAGUUGAGACAAGCCCUUUCAUAAACAAAGCAAGUUAUUCCCUUUCUUGGGCUUUUAGUGGCACAGGCUGAGCCCUGUCCCUUGGCAGCCGAACAGUUAACGUUCACAAAAUCAGCCAGUUUCCCAAAGGGUCUUGCAGCAUUGUGGAGGUUUUGAUUCACAGAGUAGAAACCUUGGGCUGGCUCCUGCAAGGGGGCUAAUGGGUGACAAGUUAAAAUUCAGAGCAGGUGAAUCUGAAACUCCCAUGUUGGCAUCCACACCAUGAAAUAAUCCUUAGUACUAAUGCAGAGAGGUGGAGGAGCUCAGGUGUAUCCUUGUUCCCAAGGCAAAGGGAAAGAGGGGAAGGAAAUCUAAAUUAUUGCAUAAUGAUCUAAAGGAGAGAUCUCUAAAUUAUUUCUUAUUUUAUAUUCAAGUUCCUGACAAGUAUUGACUACUAACUAAGAGGAAAAUAUUAAGCAUGUUGCUUGAAGCAAUAUUUCUAGUUUCUCAAGCAUAUCUUCAUAGCUGCCUUUGCCCAUUCCCUUCAAAUAUGUUGUACAGGGGUGGGAGAGGCCAGGAAGAGUGAGAUAUGACAGUAUAUUGGCUUGUGUCCAUUGAGUUGUUUUAUACUUUUUCUCUGUGUAAUAAUAUUCAAUGCUUUUUUUCUUUUUUUUAACCCAGUUUAAGUUGCUGGCCAAUAGAAAAAUAAAGCUUAAGAUUCUA